UACGCGCACCGGCUCGCCGUCGUCGCCUCAUCUCCGCUGGCCUUCAAACAGUGCAUCGUGGAAAAGAAAAAAAAAAAACCAAACCCCGCGUUUUUAUGUCACAGCCAGCUGUCUAAAAUGUGAACAAUGCUCCCGUCGUCUGAGACCCAAACACCGGGUUUUAUGGAGAGGAGGAAGACGUCGUAGUGUUGACUGAGAAAACGUUGCAGACUGGGGGGUUCACAGCAGCAGCUACAUCUCCAUCCUGGGCUCCUGUAAGGGCCACUCUUUGCUCCACAACCAAAUGAAGCCAACCUCGUCUCCAGAAGCACCCACAGAUCACUCCACCCAUCGCUGGGACUCCUGUGCUCUCUGCUGGGCUCCAGUAGCCCACCCAUGCCUUUGAUCCCCAUCCCACGGCGGGUGCGCAGCUUCCAUGGGCCCCACACCACCUGCAUGCACUCGGCCUGUGGGUCGACGCAUGCUUCCAAGCUCGUGCGCACCAAGUACAAUAACUUUGACCUCUACCUGCGCUCCCGCUGCAUGUACAGCUUCCUCCGUUUCCUCCUCUACUUUGGCUGCAGCCUGCUGACCUCUCUGCUGUGGGUGGCGCUCUCCGCUCUCUUAUUCCUGCAGUAUGUCAGCGUGCGAGUGCUCCUUCGGCUGCAGUACAAGCUGUCCGUCAUUCUGCUUUUGUUAGGGCACCGGCGCCUGGACUUUGGGGUGCUCAAUGACCUGAUCAUCUACAGCAUGCAGAUCACCAUGUUUCUGGUGGGGGGGCUUGGCUGGUGCUUCAUGGUGUUCGUGGACAUGUAGCUACAGUGUGAGCGACGAUGCUACACACUGAAAGUUCUGCGUUUUGUGGCGUUAUGUUACGGGUUAUAUCUGACUGCGUUAUAUCUGACUGCUCCGCAUCACUUUCAGCUCUAGUCAAAAAGACCCCUAUGACGUCAGCUCAAAAUCUUUUUUGGUUUAGUUUCAGAUAUUAUAGAAUCCAUAAAUAAUAUCUGUAACAACUGUGUUUAUAGUCCUUUUGAAAUGGUUUGUCCUGUAUAUCAAAAAUCGGAGAGAACCACCUGGCUGAUGAAUAUCAAAACUGAUGCAUGUAGUCAGUCUGAGCAGAGUCCGUCAUCAUUCAUCGUCUAAGACUCUCAAGAGACCAAUGGGGUCAAGAUCGCUUCAAUUUCAACUUUUUUUUUUUUCCGUGCCAUCUGUACACCGUUUUCACAAAUUUUGAAUAUCUGAUUAGAAACUAAUUUCUUUACAAAAAUGGAAAAUGUUAAUGUUGCAUGGCAAAGGGACUGAUCAUAUGAAUGAUGUGCAUCAUGGCUCUCUGAUGCAAAACAUGUUGUUCGUGCCAAAAUGACACGGGCUGGGCUCCUAAUGCAAAUGUGUACCACGAUUUACAAUUUGCGGUUAUUUCUUGUAAACAAAUUCAAUAUCUUGUAAACAUACCUGUACCACAGAGACUCGGUAACUUAUGGCAGAUAAAGUGAAGCUGUCAACGGUGUGUGUAAUGUGGAAAUGGUGGAGCAGAAUAGGAGUAAUAAGUGACUUA